AUGUCGCUGCUGCUUCGAGCAUUUCACAGCAGAAGCACUACGAACGCAAACACGACGACGAAAACGACGAAAACGAGUAAGAAAAGAUGUUCUUCGCUGUUGUCGUCGUCGUCCUGCGCUUUCCUCCUCCUUUUCCUCCUCCUCUUUUUGUGUCUUUCGUUCAAUCUCUUUGACGACGAAUCUGACGAUGCGCAAAUCGCGUUGAGAAGAAGAGAAGAAGAAAGGGACAAGGAAGACGAUGACGCGGGGGGAUUUACUACUACUAUUUCAUCCACCAACGGUAUUGGUGACGCGAGUGUGAGAAGAGGGAAGGCGUGCGGGAACGCGCCAAAGGCGUUUUUGCCGGACGAUUUGGCGGUGUUUUUCGACGCCUCUUUCUCCAACGAGGAGGAGGAGGAGGAGGAGGAGACGAGUAAAAACGUUUUAGAAGACGUCGACGACGAGAACGAAGACGAACCUGAUACCUUUCAUAAUCACGACAGAAGAAGAAGAAGAAGACGGCAGUUAUUAAUAUCCAGAGCGCGCGCGUUUGCAAAUAGAAACGGGUUGACCAUGCCAACCGGGUGCGACGAAAAGAUGGGUUUCGUCAAGCACGAAAACUUUGGCGAAGGCGCAAAGCCUAGAAUCGUGUUUAAAAAUGAAGGAGAGAAAAUGCUAAAAAAAUGCGUGGAGACUACGAAACGAGGAGAGGAUUGCGUGAAUAUAAAUGCGGUGGAAGCCGCGAAAGGUAUCGCCAAAACGUCUGGGUUUAUGACGACAACGACAAGUGGUGGUGGUGGUAGUAGUAAAAAAUAUCAAUACGAAUCGUGCGCGUUAGUCGGUAACGGCGGUUCUGUUUUGAGGAAGAAGUUUGGCAAGUAUAUCAACAAUCACGACGUCAUCGUUCGAUUCAACAUGGCACCAAUUGGUGGAUUUGAACAACACGUGGGAAAUCGAACGGAUGUUUGGGUAAACGGACACGAAGCGAGCAAAAGACUUUGUUGCAUAGGAUCGGCGAAGAUGGGUGCCCAUGCGAAAGAUCACGUCAUGUGGUUCCCAGCGAAACAAAACGUGAUAAAGUCGGCAUGCGAAAAGCGCAGAAUAAAGACAAAAGCGUUGAGCGAUAGAGAAAUACCAGGGUACGUCGCCAAGAUGAAUAAAAUGAGGUACGAAAGCAGACGUUUAGGUUUAGGUAAAAAUUACGACAAUUGGUUGCAACUCACCACGGGGGCACACGGUUUAUUCUAUUUCCUCUCUAAAUGUAGGAGAGUAUCCGUGUAUGGUUUUAGCGUGUGGAAGGAGAGAAACGCGAUGGGGGAGAACUUAGAUCAAUACGGAGGUAGAAAGUCAAAGGUGCACAGCGGAAACAUAUUCCACGAUUGGUCGAUGGAAACAAACGCUUGGAAAAUCUUGCACGUGGCAAACGUGCUCGACGUGUGCACUUGA